UAAGGUUGGUAAUUCAAUUCUGUGGGUAUUUUAUUUUCUUUUUCGUCAAAUUGCAUCAACAACAAAAAUAUCUUUGUUCUCUUGAAGUUUUUGUAUUCAAUCUACUAAACGAAUUAGAACACUUUUAAUAGCUAAUUUGAAAUGCGAGCUGCAAUGGCAAGAAGAUCUUCAGCUACUGGAGGGGAUAUUAUUGGUACAACAGAUGAUUUAGAUGACUUGGAUACUCCUUCCACAGAUGGCAUCGAAACUGGUUCCCUUGCCAUAAAAGAAUCUGAACGUAUUAAAGAAAAAGAACUAUGGCAAAGGCCAACAACCCAACGAGUGCUUCCAAACGACGGAACGACAAUUCUUCGUUUCGAAAUUCCAUAUGCCCGCAUAAUGCCACCCAAAAACGAGAAUCCCAACAUAAAACGCUAUGUUGUCUAUGAUCUGUCGGUUCGUCAGGAUUCAGCUGUAAUUGAUCCGAAUCCAGCUACCAUUGAAAGACGCUACACGGACUUCCUCAAAUUGUACACUAACUUAAAAAAGAAUCAUCCAACUGCUUUCAAUUCAGUUUACUUUCCUAAAAAAGUACUCAUGGGAAACUUUUCCCCGGAUUUGAUUGCCGAACGAAGUGCCGCUUUUGAGGCAUUUCUAGAUCACAUAGUCUCGAAGGCUGUCCUUAGAGAAUCGCCUUACUUCUUGCACUUCCUUCAAGAUAUCGAAUUGAGAAAAGCGUGUCAGUUGUUGGACGAACGUCGUAAUGAAUCGGCUAUUCCAUUGCUAGAGAAUUGUUUCCGCUUGUUGAACAAGAUAUUCAUGGAUCGUUCGAAACCUGUAUUGUUAUUACUUUGUCGACUUGUUGCCGCUUGUACAACUUCACCUGUACCACAUCCAUCGGCAGAUCGAUGGGCUGAAUUAGCACUGAGGCGCUAUGAAACGUUAUGUGAUACUGAUUUGCUGCCUCUUUAUAUUCCCCUUUUACAAACUUGUUCCCAUCUAUGGUGGCAACGAGGACGUGAUCAAAAAUUGAUCACAGAUCGCCUUACGGACAUGUCGAAAAAAGGGAUAAAUAUAAACAAUAGUCCGCCACUGAUGAAAGCUAUUCACUUGCUCGAUCCAUUAACUGAAACAAUAUAAUUCUCCUACUCCAACACCCCCUCCACACACACAGAAGUCUAUAUCAUUUUAUGUAGUUUAAUGUUAUGUAUUUAUUUUAUUUUCAAACCAAAAUGUAUGCAUUUUUUUUAUUGAAUGCUUACGAAAGUUUAGUAGUUUUUUAGGUCAUUUACAUUGAACACUGUUAUUAAUUAUUUUUAUUUUCAAAGUUAAUUACAUUUUUGGGGAAUUUUUAUUUAACUAAUUUUAAUUUGCUUUUAAAUGCAUUUGACUGAGAUUAAUAAUGAAACUCGAAUAUAUGUAAUUUUAUAUAUUAAUUUUUCUUUUACUCAAAAUUCUGUUACAAAUUUUGUGCAAUUUUUACAAACAUCAAUUAUUAUAUACUAUAUGGACCAGUUUAAAAGCUAAUUUUUAGUUUGGUAACACAUAUUUUAAAUGAUCUAUUAUAUUAUUAUGUAUAAUGUGCACGCAAACAAUUAAAUAAAAAGAAAAAGAAAAUUAUAGUAUGAAUAAGAAAGUAUCCGUCAAUUUGUAACUGAAACAUACACAUUUAUAUUAGAUAUUAAAACUAUUGUAAAACAUUACACUCAUAUAUCUUAUA